AUGAACUGGACAGGUGGCUCGCUACAGCGCACCAAGAAAGCCAACACGGGCGUGGUCCAACAGCAGAAAGCAUACUUUGCACGAGCGCGGACACAGCUCCAAAAUGAUACCAACUCUCCCGUCGCUCCAUUUCGCCCUAGCUAUUUGCAAGACAAUGAGGACUCCUACCUUUUAGGCAUAGCACCAUUUGGCUCAGGCUCUCUGCGACACACAGGGCACGCAGCGAAACGUCACAACGAGAGCACGCAGCCUGAGCACACGCCAGGCAACUAUCAGCCAACCGCAAAACGUCACUUGCGUGACGGAAAACGUCAGGCCUCCGAAGUGGAUACGGAACUGCACUUACUCGAAGCGAAUAAGAAGAGGCUCUUAACACAGAGAGAUUGGGUCGGCAUCGACCCAUCGAAGCCGGUCACUCUGCGGUUCCGCUCGAGCAGAGAGAAGAGCAAGAUCGGCAAGCGCAGAAGAACGACAAGAGGACGCGGUGCAGCCCCAAGACGAAAUGACAAGGAUGAAUUCGGGAAUGAAGUCCACAACUUUGCAGACGAUGCCUUUGCCCAAGUCCCUGGAGAUAGUGGUCCACGCCAGCGUCUAGAUGAUGUUCGAAUCCGGAUUGGCACAGAUGCAAUGACAAACACUUACUCUACACAAUUGGACCAAUGUGCGCAGUCGCAUGCUUCCUCUGAAUCCAUGCUUUUCGACCUGGAAGAACCGCUUGCACAGCUACGCUCAGCAAAGCCACCUGCCGACCUUGAGCUUCUUGCAGCAACUAGUGCUUUCGAGCAAGCUGAUGUUGCUUCCCGUGCGCCAUCGACCGGUGAACAACCUCAGCACUAUGACCUUGCUCGGCGCAAUGUAGCCAGUCCUUCUCCUGACGCUUCUGAGCAAAAGAGCUUUACGGAUGACCAGUUUGAGCUGCAGUGUCAACCUGCGACGAUGACUUCUCGUGAAAUCGAGAGCUCUACGCAUGACUUCCGACUUACACACCAUGCUUACGGGGAAGAGCGCGCAUUUCGUUUCGCCUUCAGCGGCUCCAACUCUACUGCAGGUGCCCGUGGUCGCACUGCGUCGGAUGGCAACCAGAUCGGUGAGACAAAGCCUUUUGACGAUCCAGACUCGGUAGGUGAGUCCAAGAUGGGAUAUGUGCAUCAGCACAAUAUUGAUAGGGAACGAUCAGUCGGCGUUGACGUUUCUGCUGCCAAUACAAUCGUCGAUGAGAGUCCCUGGAAGACGUAUCUCGCAAUCUCCGAUGGUUCAAGCCACUCCGACAAAUCCAUUCUAUCCAGAAGCAGCGUCCCGCAUGAUUACCCCACCAAGAGACAUAAUAACGAAGCUGCAAUAGACUGGUCACAGCAUGCCACUCAAGGUCAGGGCAACGAGAAGGUGUAA